AUGAUACCAUUGUUAAUUUUCACUAUUGCCACUAUCUGGACUCAACAAUCCAAUGCAGCAAUCACUGCUGAUCAAUUGAAAGCGAUUAUGCCUCGUUGCAAGCAUCCCGAAUAUUUGAAGAAUAUCAACGAUGCUCUUGUUGAAGGUGCAAUCAAUACUUGUCACCGUCAAGCUGCCUUUUUAGCUCAAUUAGCACACGAAUCCGGCCAAUUAGUCUACAUGGAAGAGAUCGCAUCAGGUGCAGCAUAUGAAGGGCGUCAAGAUUUAGGCAAUACACAGCCUGGUGACGGAAAACGAUUCAAAGGUCGUGGUCCCAUUCAACUUACUGGUCGAGCCAACUAUGCAGCCGCUGGUAAAGCUUUAGGUCUUGAUCUUGUUGGCAAUCCUGACUUGGUCAAAACCCCUACAGUCGGUUUCCGUACAAGUGUGUGGUUUUGGACAACAAAGAAACUCAAUGCUCUCGCUGAUCAAGGUACAUUGGAAUCGUUCCGUAUGAUUACAAAGAAAAUCAACGGUGGAACCAAUGGACAAGCUGAUCGAGAAGAAUAUUGGGGAAAAGCAAAGGGCGUCUUGGGUUGCGGUCCAGCUAUUGCCACCGCACCAAAAUGUACAGCCAAUGGUGCCACAGGUGUUUGCAUAUCAACGUCCGCAUGUAAAGGUCGAUCAGUUGCUGGCUUUUGCGCUGGUCCAAAAGAUAUUCAAUGCUGUGUUUAA